AUGAGCUUCGUGCUCGAUCAGAUCCGGCGGAUCGAUACGCAACUCGAUCGACUCCAACUCGCCGACUUGCCAGCGCGGUCAGUUUCGGUAAACGCUGAACAACAUGUCACACCGCCGAAACGGGUUGUUGCGUUACAAGCUGCGAUUCGAGGUCUCAGUCCUGGAUCGAGCGAUAGCAGGAGUUUACACAGAGUGGGACAUAUCCAGACGUUGUUGGGCACGUUGAGUGACAAGGCUGAGGCGACGGCGAGGGUAGAAGAUGAUGGGGUAGAGGCUAGAGAUGAGUUCGAGGCGGAAUUGGAGUGGCUCCUUGUUUCCAAAGCGACGACGCAGAUUUACGGACAUGUUCUGAGCAGUAUUCUCGAUCAAGCGGUACGAUUGAGUGAUGAUAUAUGGUACUGGGAUGAAGUGCUUGGGUCGCAGCGGUAUACGGCGCUGUAUAGUAUACAGACCUCCCCGCUGAGACUGUACGAUUGGGGCAGCAAGGUCUGGGAAGACGUCAAAGCACGAGGAGGAGACUUUAGUAUACGAGGUGUGGGCCAAGAUGCUAGUGAUACAGUCACAGACCGGUGGAAGCAGUUUUAUGGACUGGUCAGGCAGGUGGUGCGGGAAAAGAGCGUGAAAGAGGUGCAUAAGCAGAUGAUCAGCCCAGUCACGAGGAUAAGAGCUGAGGUGAGGAAGAAACAAGCUGCGUUGAAGAAAGUGCGGACGAGGAAUGCGAAUGCUCUGGGGGUGUUGUUGGGCGAAGGGCUAGCGAACGAGAGUGUUCAUGGCGAGGGUCUGGCAAGUCCACACGGAGAGCAAGACGUGCAACACAAAUGGAAAGCAAGCGUCGCGAGGAACGUAGCGUUAAUGGAGGCAGUCCUUGCUAAGAUCAACGACCUAGAAACUCCCGUGGACAAAUUCGACUCGGCAGUAGCAGAGCUAACAGACGACGACCCCCUCUACGCCGUCGAAUCCCACGACCUCGCGAUCCAGCCCCAAGCAGUCGCCGAGCGACUCUCGCGCAUGCUUGUCCUCGGGCUAGGCCAAUACACCAGCACCUCCCAGAACUUCGUCCACCAACACGGUAAACCAUCCCGCUACGUCCGGUACUGGCUUCCCAUAACAGCAGGGCUCCUUUCCUCAACCACGAUCCUCCGGAUCCUCGUCAAUCGCCAAACUGAGAUAUUACAAUACGUCCAAGACCUCGGCGCAACGGUCGUAGAUUUCUGGCAAAACUGGGUCCUCGAACCAACCCGAAACGUCAUCAAGACAAUCCGCCACGACGAAGGCAGCGAAAUCAGCAUCAUGUCCAAACGAUCCCUCGAAGGCGACCGCGAUAGCCUGGAACGAAUGGUCGUCGACUUCGCCGUUGACAAUCCUCAAAACGCCACAUCCUCCGGCUCAGCACUCACAGACGGGGAGAUUGCAGACAUACGCGCGAAAGUCCGCGAGGGCGAUUUGACGCCUGUGCUGAAGGCUUAUGAGAAGGAUCUGACGAGUCCGCUGAAGGGGGCUGUGAGGGGGAAUUUGAUCCGGGCGUUGUUGAUUCAGAUUCAAAAGACGAAGGUUGAUGUGGAGGUUGCUAUGGGUGGGAUUGAUUCCCUCCUGAAAUCACAGGAACUGCUCAUUGGGUUUAUAUCCCUAACCCCCGGCCUGUUGGUAUCUUACUUCCUCACGACCUGGGCGCGACAGUCCCUCUCGACGAAACAUUCCACCCGCGCACAGAGGAAGCAGGGCAAGAUGCUGCGACAAUUGAGGAAUAUCGACCGUAUCCUGACGAAUGCGACGCCGACGGAGUAUGGCGAGUUGCUGUAUCGGGAUCAGGGGUUGCUGCUGUGUGAGGUUCACGUCCUGCGGCAGGCGGCGCAGAAGGUUAUGCCGGGUCAGAUUUUCAAGGAGUUUGGCGAGGAGGCGGAGGAGAUGUGUGAUGUGCGGGUUGGGGUGGAGAGGCAGAGACGGGUUGCGGAACGGGUGCGGUGGGCUUAUGGGAGGUGGGUGGCUUGA